CAGUCUUUGACCGCUAGAUGGCGCUCUCACCCAGCGCACUCGCAACGCCAACGUAAUUAAUACUGCUGAGUAAGCGCAUGUAUGCAAUCGCCUCCCAAGUCCAAACACCAACAUGGGGAAAUUCGGGUUGCAGUUCAAAGCAACUUUGGAGAACAUCACGAAGGUUCGACCUGACGGAGACGACUUCCGCUGGUAUUUAAAGCUGAAGUGUGGAAACUGCGGUGAAAUCUCAGAUAAAUGGCAGUACAUCACACUGCUGGACAGCAUGCCGUUAAAAGGAGGCAGAGGCAGUGCGAGUAUGGUCCAGAAGUGUAAACUGUGCUCCAGGGAGAACUCCAUUGAUAUCCUGAAGGACACCAUCACGCCGUACAACGCAGAGGACAGCGAGAGGUUCAAGACCAUGGUGCAGUUUGAGUGUCGAGGCCUCGAGCCGGUCGACUUCCAACCUCAGGCAGGAUUUGCGGCUCAGGGCGCAGAGACGACCACUCAGUUCCCUGAAAUUAACCUUCAGGAGAAAGAUUGGACGGACUACGACGAGAAAGCCAGCGAGUCGGUGGGCAUCUAUGAAGUCACACAUCAGUUUAUCAAGUGUUGAAAGCGUCGGAGUGGAGAUGGCCUGAAAAUCCAGUGAGGAAAAAAGAGACCAUAUACAAGGAACAUUCAUAAAAAAUACAAGAAUUGUAAAUAGACAUGUUUGGGAAUACAAGAAAGAUGAGCAUUGGAGAUGCUGAUCUUAAUAAAAAUGUUAUCAAAGAA